CUGAAGAUAGUAAAGUGUCUGCUCAUUAGAGUAGUUGUCUUGAGAAGAGCUGGAGGUGUCACACAAAACUCUCUAAACGCCAAACUCGAAUUACCUGUCCAGCCUACAGUUCGGAGAAUGGUUUCUUAUUUACUCUCUGUGAUGGUAGUAGCUGCAACCAUCACUUGCGAAAUUAGCGGCCAAGAGAAAUAUCAAGAACAUCUCACAUCAGGUGAGAGAGAGAGCAAAUGCCAGUCCCAGCAAGCAGCAGGUCGCAGACACGCGGAUGUACUGCGAUGUUCAUUCCAAGUGGAUGUCAACAACUUUCAUGUUCAGUUUUACCCUGAAGGCAGUUUCAACAAAAAUGUUCCAGACAUGGACGUCGUCGUGUCUUGUUCCUCUUCGUGUGAGAUACCCGAGGCGUUCAAAGACUACAUCUUCAUCAACCAAUCAGUCUUUCAUUCCAGCGAAGAUCACACUUACACCUUCGAUGUGUUGCCUAGCAAGACCACCAACGGCAGCUUCAUGUGCCAAGCCUUCCAUGAGGCUGACACGCUCUUCACAGACUUCUGCAAUGUGUCAGAUCACAUCCCUUCUCACAAAUCUUACAGGUGUCCUGCCUCACGAGUCAUCUCCUCGUGGACACCAAGAGGAACCGACGAAGGAAAGCAACAGUACCACGGCGUCUCCAACGUUGUUGUUGUUGCUGUUGUUGCUGUUACUCGUACCUGUGAUAGCUGUCCCUGUCGCAGUCUGGAAGAUUUCACCGUAAACUCUCCGACAGGCAUAGCGAUGUAGAGCAGAGUAACAGCGGGAAUGUGUCACCAGACUCCCAGGGUACACCCGAGAUAACACAGACAACUGUUCAGACUGAAUCUGAAGAGGACAUACGGUUACUGUCUAGAACGGAUGAAGUGAGCGCCGUACACCGUGAACAGAAGGGAUGAAGAAGUGCCAUCACCAAAGGUCAAAGUGUACGUGUGUUUGUGUGUUUGUGUGCGCGCGUUCGAGGGAAAAAGAAAAAUCCGUCCAUACUCAAGUGAAAAGAAAGAAGGAGGUACAAAAUGUUCGAAAAAAUGUACCAAGCAAGUAAAAUCCAGCAUGAUGUAACUACUGUUCGACGCAAAAAAUUUUUUCUCAGAAAAAUGUCCCUUGUGUGUUUUAAGUGACAACUGCUGAGACGGUGUUAACAGUGGGAACAACUGUAUUUUUUCAAGCAUGUGUUUGUCGAGGUGUUGCACUGGUUAGUGCAGAUCACACAGUUGAACGAACUACAGUUUUGCUUUCAAGUGUCACAGCCUCUUGGAUGUAAUAUGAUUAUAGGUUGUCGUUUUUGUAGAAUUAUUAGAGACAGACAGACUGACAGGUAAACAGAGCUAACAGAGCAGAUAAAAGGCUACAAAAAAGUCCGCGAUUCAAAUUUUUACCCGUGUGGAAAAAGUUUAAAUGCUCAGAGAGUUUCUAAUGGAGUUACUCUCCGUCAUGCUCGACUGCCAGUGAUGCAUGGCUGCUCGUAAUGAUUCACUGCUCGAUAUGCUUAUCAUCGGGGUGGUGCUGAUGUAGGCAGGUACCUGUCUCUG